GAAUCUUGGGAGCAGCCAAAAUGAUGUCCUUUGUCUCUCUGCUCCUGGUGGGCAUCCUGUUCCAAGCCAUCCAGGCUGAACAAUUAACAAAAUGUGAGUUGUUCCAGAGGCUGAAAGACCUGGAUGGCUAUGGAGGCGUCACCUUGCCUGAAUGGGUCUGUACUGUAUUUCAUACCAGUGGUUGUGACACACAAACCACAGUAAAUAACAAUGGCAGCACAGAAUAUGGACUCUUCCAGAUCAAUAAUAAAAUUUGGUGCAGAGACAACCAGACCCCUCACUCAAGGGACAUCUGUGGCAUCUCCUGUGACAAGUUCUUGGAUGAUGACCUUACUGAUGACAUUAUAUGUGUCAAGAAGAUUCUGGAUAAUGUAGGAAUUAAAUACUGGCCUGGAAAAAGUCCUGAACCAGGCAGGGGUCGGAAGUAG